CGGGUUGGGACCGGUGCUCACUGCUCCGCGGCUCCUAGUCCAGCGGGCGAGUUGCUCAGGGCGCUGGGGCCGGGAGGCGAGCACUCACCGCUGCUGCGCCUCCGGAGCGCCAUGGAGAACGCGGAGACCCGAGGCGGUCGGCAGGAGCCAUUCCCAGACAAAGAUCCCCGGCUCAACCCCUUGUUCGCGGAUCAGGGGCAGCCGCAGCAGCCUUUGAUGAUGGUGCUGGAGCCCAGGGGGACCGACGGGCACAGGCUGGUGGAAGUGUUGUUGACUGGGGGGGCUCCCUGGGGAUUCACCUUGAAAGGAGGGAAAGAACACGGAGAACCUCUUAUCAUUACUAAGAUUGAAGAAGGAAGCAAAGCUGCAGCCGUUGACAAGUUACUAGCUGGAGAUGAGAUUGUUGGCAUAAAUGAUAUAAGCCUCUCAGGAUUUAGACAGGAGGCGAUUUGCUUGGUGAAAGGUUCACACAAAACCCUAAAGCUAGUCGUGAAAAGGAGGAAUGAUGUAGGCUGUAGGCCUCAUUCUUGGCAUGCCACCAAAUUCACAGAGAGCCAUCCUGAGACUGUUUCCUCUCAGUCCAAUGUCUGUACUUCUUGGCACUCUCGGUACCAUGCAAGCUCUUCAUCCCAUGACCUGUCAAGUUCAUGGGAUCAGACAAACCUGCAUCGCACUUCUGACCAGUUCAGUUCUCUGGGUAGCAUGGACAGCUUGGACCACUCUUCCCAGCCGUACUCCUAUGGACGACUUUCUGCUGCAAAAUCCAACAGUAGCAUUGACCACCUAGGCAAUCCAAACAAGCGUGAUUCUGCCUAUGGCUCAUUUUCUACCACCUCUAGCACCCCUGACCACACUUUGUCGAAGGCUGAUGCCUCUUCCACAGAGAACAUGCUGUAUAAGGUAGGCCUAUGGGACUCAGCAAAGCCAGGAACUAGCAAACAAAUCCAGUCCUUCAGUGAUAAUAUUCAAAGCCUAGAAGAGAGACUUGGAUGUUUGCCAUCUACUCUCCAGUAUGAGAAUAACAGAAGCCCUAGACUGGAAGAAAAUACCGACCCCAAACUUAUUAAUUCUGGAAGGUCUAGUUUUGGGCCUGUUUGGUAUGUUCCUGAGAAGAAGAAAGCAUCUUCUUCCCCACCACCUCCCCCUCCACCUCUCCGUAGUGAUAGCUUUGCUGCUACCAAAAGCCAUGAGAAAGCCCAGAAUCCUGCAUACUCGGAGACAGCCAGCACCCAGCACUUUACUGUUCUGAACCGAUCUCAGCCAAGGAGUGAAUGGAGACCAGAAACUGCAGAUCAGCCGCGAAGAAUGAUAAGAGUGAGUGAUGGGAAAAGGACCAAUAAUGCCCCCUAUAAACCUGAUCUUAACUUGGACUACAGUUGGCCUUCCUCUGAUGAUAGAUAUAGCAACAACCCAGGGAGUAAUAACAGGCUACAGUCUUCUUUGUCCAGCACAGAUGUUCGUUUUGCACAGUCUGCUUAUGGUUACCACCACCAACGCCAAUAUAGCGAUGAAAGCACUUUUUUUCACAGUUCCAGGGCAGCCAAUUCGUCUAAGGAACAGCGACAUUUAGCCCACUAUGGUGGCCACCAAGAGCUGCCUGCCGACCACAUUCAGACCUACAAUCCUGCCCAAGUUAGGCUACUGAGUGCCCCUGCUUCCAUUAAUAGUGCUACUGACCAGAAGAUGGAGAACACUGGACAGUCUCGCUACUACUGUAUAACAAAAAAACAACCAGCUCAGGGAAGCAACCAGCCACAACUCCUCAAAGAUGAAUAUUGGAGGUCUGGAACUGGAACUGAUGUGUCUUCUGGACCACAUGAAAAUCUUGCCAUAAACAUGAUGGGCCAAAAAACCAAAUGCCAUCUACCUCACUGUGACGAGUCUUCUAUAGAUUUCGGUGAGAGGAACAAUUCUUACCCAGUGGCUAGAGGAGGGGAUGGCUGGUCUACUGGUGAUGAUGAGUCUCAGAAAUCCAGCCACCUUGAGAAAGCCAAUCAAAAGAGAGUUGCAGAAGACUUUAAGUGGGGUGAAGAAGAAAGUAGCAAAAUCUCUCCACAGAAGACCCCCAUGUUGCAUUCCUUAGCCCAAGAGGGAAAAAACAGGUCUGAAAACAGUCAAGAUGGUGGUAUAGAGAAACCACUACCAUUUGAUGCGCAGGUAGGUAAACCAACACGAAGGAGUGACCGAUUUGCAACAACCCUAAGGAAUGAGAUUCAGUUGAGACGAGCAAAACUUCAGAAAAGCCGAAGCACAGCUACUUUGACCGGGACAAAUGAAGAAGAAGAAUAUGCUGAUGGCUGGAAAACAGAGGCAGGAGAGAAUUUCAAUACAACUUCAGAGGGAUCUUUCAAUAAUACCUAUAAAGACCAUUUAAAAGAAGCCCAGGCCAGAGUUCUGAGAGCUACCUCUUUUAAACGGCGAGACUUAGAGCCCAGCUCUGCUGACCAUUACCCAAGGUCAUCACCUGAACGUAAGGCUAAUGGAUACAGUUCUUCAUCCUUGUUGACGCUGGAUUCUGACAGUGCCUCUCAUUUCUUUGAUGGAAGCCAGACCAAGGCAUCUACAUCUGGGAAUGGCAUGCAGCAUGUCCCCCGCAUUGGGGGCAGGAAGAGAUUCACAGCAGAACAAAAGCUGAAGUCUUACUCUGAACCAGAAAAAAUAAAUGAGGUGGGAAUUUCAGGAGAUUACCAUCAUCCCUGCCAGUAUCCCAACACAUCAGGGGAAACCAUGGGCUCUUUUGCCGAUCGGUGGAAAUUUUUUGAGGAAACGAGCAAGCCCUCCCAUCAUAAGCCUGCCCAAAGACAAGCCAUUUAUGGCUUGCCAAAAGAACAAACUGAUAGACCAGGUAGGCAAAGUUAUGGACACGGGGUAGGAGAACAGUGGUAUCAGAAAAGGACACGGACUUCUUCUUUUGGAGAGAACUUAAACUGCAGCAGUAGUAAAGUUGAAAAGGUGGGGAAAUCUGAACAACCUCAGAGACUGGGAACCUUUGCGGAGUAUCAGGCUUCCUGGAAAGAGCAAAGAAAGCCCUUGGAAGCAAGGAGUUCUGGGAGAUAUCAUUCAGCUGACGAUAUCCUGGAUGCUAGUCUUGAGCAACAUGACAAACCCCAGUAUAUACAUGAAAGAUCCAGGUCAUCACCAUCUACCGAACAUUAUAAACAGGAACCCUCUGCUGGAGUGAGAAGGCAAGCUGAUGAUUCUGGAGAAGAUAGAAAUUAUAUUUGCUCUAAAAUCAGUACUGAUGAGGGGAAUUCCACUUUGAGCUUCUUUUCUAAGCUCACUGUGUCUCUUCAGCCUCCUCUUCUAAGCAAAGAGCAAACGUGCAUUCUUUCAGGGUCUCAGAGGCCAGCAGAUACAGAACACCCGGGAGAAAGUCCAGGAGAAAAAAGAGAUCCAUUGGAUCAAAAUCUAAGCAGCAAUUGGAAAUCCACUGAGCCAUCUCACUCCAGAGAGCCUCCGGUUUUGCCACAGGAGAGCCGGGGCAGAUCUGGGACAUUGCCUAGUGAUUAUAGGUAUUCGGAAGAAAACGAAAAGGAAGAGACCCAAGGUUCUGACGUGCCCCCUCAGACCUGCUCUGAAGCACAUGCUAAGAACGACAGUGUCCAUCCCUCCUCGCAAGGCAGAGAAGAAGACUCGUGGUGGAUAGAUUCAGCACCGUUCAGUAAAAGACGGGGGCCAGCACCUCAAAGGCCGCCCCCACCCAAACGAGACGCCAGUAAAUUCAGACGGCAGGACUGCUUCGCGUCCUCCGUCGGAAACUCUUCUGAAUACCUGCUAGCAGUACCUGGCAGGCCUGUUCAGUCUCAGUCCCCUGAUUCUCCUGAUGUGUAUGUGAAUCCUCCGACCCUUCCCCAGAGUCCUUCCACUUUCAGUGAAAAGCCUACGAGUGCUCAGCCACAGGAUUCUCGGCAAGCUGCUCCUUCAGAGAAUGAUUGCCAGCACUUAAAUGAAGAAACAUCAAACCUUAAGCCCGAAGCUGUUUUGUCUUCAAAAUACCAUCAUCUUCCAAAAUCUGGAAUGGAGUCAUCUCGGUCCCCUUCGCCUCAGUUCGCUCCACAAAAACUGACUGAUAAGCCUCCAUUGCUGGUCCAGGAUGAGAACUCAGCGAGAAUUGAGAGGGUCAUAGAUAACAACACCACGGUGAAGAUGGUCCCCAUCAAAAUCGUCCACUCUGAAAGCCAUGCAGAGAAAGAGAGUCGACAGAACCUUGUGAGCACCAUGGAACCUCCUGCUUUGCCCAGUGGCUUGGAAAAAGACCAAAUCAAGACGCUGAGCACCUCUGAGCAGUCCUACUCACGCUUUUGUGCCUAUACCAGGCAGGGUGUGGAGCCUGAGGCCGAGAAUAAAACCAGAGUGUCUGACUCAGAACCAGCUGAAGCCUUGGGGUACAACUUGAAAGACAGUGAUGCAAACACCCCUGUUGUCAGCUACAUGAAGGCCAAAGAGAAGACACUGGAAGACUUGAAGUCAGAGGAGCUAGCCAGGGAGAUUGUAGGAAAGGAUAAGUCUUUGGCGGAUAUUCUGGAUCCCAGUGCGAAAAUAAAAACCACCAUGGACCUGAUGGAGGGAAUCUUCCCUAAAGAUGAACAUCUCUUAGAAGAGGCUCAGCAACGUAGAAAGCUGCUUCCAAAGGGUCCUUCUCCCAAAAUUACAGAGGAAAAGAAAGAAGAACAGAGCUUGCCAUCUGCCAUCUCCCUGACAACCAAUUCUACUUACUACAGUACAUCUGCACCCAAGGCUGAGCUUCUGAUUAAAAUGAAGGACAUGCAGGAGCAGCAGCAGCAACAGCAGCAGAUCGCAGAGGAUUCUGAAGAUGAACUCGACCAUGACCUGUCAGAGAAGAAGCAGGAGCUCAUCGACAGCAUCAGCCGAAAGCUGAAGGUACUGCGGGAAGCCCGGGAGACUCUGCUUGAGGAUAUUCAGAACAACAAUGCUCUAGGGGAUGAGGUGGAGGCCAUUGUGAAGGAUGUCUGCAAACCAAACGAAUUUGACAAGUUCAGGAUGUUCAUUGGAGACCUUGACAAAGUGGUGAACCUCCUUUUGUCCUUGUCUGGAAGACUAGCCCGGGUAGAAAAUGCCCUGAAUAACUUGGAUGAAAAUACAUCACCUGAGGAACAGCGAACGCUCCUGGAGAAGCAAAAACUGCUCACACGCCAGCACGAAGAUGCGAAAGAACUCAAGGAGAACCUGGACCGCCGGGAGCGGAUCGUCUUUGACAUUCUGGCCAGCUACCUGAGCGGGGAAAGCCUGGCCGACUACGAGCACUUCGUGAAGAUGAAGUCAGCCCUCAUCAUUGAGCAGCGAGAACUGGAGGAUAAAAUCAAGCUGGGGGAGGAGCAGCUCAAGUGUUUGACUGAAAGCCUGCCACCAGAACGGGCCAAGUAAGAGGAGAAGCGCCCUGGUGGAGGACCGGAAUGGCAGUUUUUAGGCCCGCUUUCUGAGCGUGCAAAGUGGGUGUGGGGUGGGGGACCCAGCUUAUAUUUAUGCCCUGUGGAUAGAGUCCUAAAAAAAAUAGCAAAAUUGCUAUUUUACAAGAGCAAUAACUUCCUCAUUUGUUUUGUUUGGAUGAUGUAUUUAAAUCGUUUUAGUUCCUUCUGAUUGCUGAGCUCAGUGGCUCGUCUUAUCCUUUCGUCUUUAGAAAUGACUGCAGAGAAACUAGAGAAUUUUAAGCUUCAAUUUCAGUGUGUUGUGAAGUCUGUUUCCAGUAGAGCAUGCAGAUAAUUUUUUAAUGAAAUAGCUACUGUUUCUCCUGUCUUCAGAUGCUGUACGGAUUGUUGGUGAACCCAAUUUAAAUGAGCAUGUGGACAGCGUGCAGCCUUAGUAAGAAAAUGAGACAUACUGGGGGAGAAGACUCUGGUGCAGAUCUCUAAUAAUUCAUCCAGGGAGCAGGGCUGCAUUUUCAUAUCUGUUCCAUCUCAUUUAACUUUAUAAGCAUUAAUUUAUCAUAUCAUAUAAUGAUGUUAUCUGGUCCUAGCAGAUGAUAAUAAUUUAUUAACACUUUGGAAAGGUGAAUGGUUUGUUUAGUGGUUUAGAACCAGUUGUGAAAUUGAUUACCUAAAUUGUUGGCUCAGGUAUCCUGAGAUUGAAAUACCACUUAAGGAAAGAGUAUGCAUGCCUUCCCCCCUACUCCCCCAACUCAAAUGAUGUUUCCUUGCAGACUAAGUUCAUUAUUUUUGAAAAUGUCCCUAGCAGUAGCAUGGCCAUUAGGAUUAAGGAGUUGGUGUUUCACCAGAACAUUCUUAACAUAAUCUCCGUUUUCUUUUCACCUGUACCAUAGUUGUUUUGUGUGCACACAGUCACUAAAAUAGUGAUGUUCAAUACUGCUUACCUCCUUUGAUAUGCCUCAAUGUGUCACCAAAGCUUUUUUGGACACAUUUCAUUCCGUUGUUUAUCUCACCCUACUUGUAGCGACCACGUGAAAUGUAUAAUUCCUGUGCAGAAUCUUUUCAUAACUGUUUUCUAAAAGUUUGUACACUUUUUUUAAUCACGGAAAAACAAAAUUCCAGCAGAAGCAAAGGCCGUUGUCAUAUGUUUCCAGGAGUCUCGUUAAUUUCACAGAAGAUAAUUUUAAAAGUGAUAUGCUUCCACAGAAAUCAUUUUCUAACUCAGUGCACGUUUCAGGGCAAGAGGAAGCCUUGGACCAACUUCAUAUUUUAGACCAUAGUGGGACAAUUGUUAAGGAAUCAUUUUAAUACUUUUUUAAUUGUUCUAUUUCUCGAGAAUGUUUUCCAUUAGGCCGGCCAACCUUCCUUUUAGUAUCCGUCAGAAGAACUGUACAUACACAUACCUGCGCACACAAAAUUUUAAAAGAACAGAAACAAAACACACUAAAUUAGCUGAUAAGGAAAUCUGUUCUUAAACAUAACACAACUUCAACAGCUGUAAUUCUGUCUUUUGUCAAUUUUAAUGUAUAACUUCCCACAGAAUGAAGUUACUAAUUAGGAGGUUUUUUUUUAAUGGUGUUAGAGGAAAAUACAUACACAUAAGUAAUAUGUACACACAUACAUAUGUACAGAAAUAUGUACAAACCAAAAUGGGCAGGCAGUCUGCAUUGUUGGAGGAACCUUCCAAAUCAAUGAGAUCAUAGAUCUAUAUGAAUAGACAGAUACAUGUAUAUGUGUGUAUACAUAUAUCAGCUACUCUUUCUACCCUAACAUAGAUCAUUUUUUCAAAGUUCUUAUUCCUGUUAAGUUAAACUACCCCGCCUCCCCCCAAACCUCUUUUGAGUUUGAAAGCCCCUCUACUUCUAAUGAAGUAAUCUCCCUUCUGCCCAGAAGUCAUUUGCUGCUGUGACGAGUAAUGUCAGGGCAAAUGAUAACUUAAAGAAUUUCAGUGUGCUCCCCCCCUCCCAAAAAUAGACAAAGAUAGGACGUUUUCCCUUUUAUCUGUAAUUCCCUAUCCCUUUGCCUGUUCCCUACCAUUAAAGGAAAUUCAGUGUAUUGAGCAUGUUGCUGAUUUUGUUACUAAAAGAUCCAUGACUUUAUCAGUCUGAGUACUCCCUUUGGUGAUGCAGAGUACAAGUACAGUAUUGUAGUUGUUUUGAUGAUAAAUGUAUGUGUAAUGUGAAUAAUAUAAUUUGUGUCUGUAUCUAAUACUUUGAUUUAGGCAUUUCUCUCACACAUAGCAAUACAGAGUGCUCUCCUGUCUGUUUGGCAAAGCAGCAUCUUGUUCAUCACUGCCUCAACCCAUUCUCUGUUUUACCUCUUCUUCAAUGUUUGGUUAGAAGGGACCCAAAGAUUCUUGUGUCUCCGUGUACAUAAGUUUGUAAAUAGCUAUAUUAUUGCUUAAGAAAAAUCUGGUGCUAAUGUUUUGCCUCUGGCAUUUCUUAGGUGAUGGCUAAUUCUUCACCUUAUGUUAUAGCUCCAUUGUAGACUUCAUUGUAUAGUGAGAUUUCCGUCCUGGUUAUUGGCCGCAGCUUGGAUUCUGCAGCCUUUAGUGGAAAAAUGUGUACAGAUUUCAUGCUUGACACUUAACACUUACCUAUUGGCAAAUUAUACUGCUUGACUUAAAGGAAAUAAAUAGUGUCUAUUUCAGUGUAUCA